CCUGCACAACAGCGCUUGUCCCCUUCCCCUACGAUGCCGCGUGUGCUAAGGAGCUGCGGCAGGAGGAGGAGCAGCAGCAGCUGCGCGGAUGGGCGUGGAGGUGCCCAUCAAGCAGCGAGGGUGCGGGCAGACGGGAACGGGCGGCGGGUGCAGGAGGAGGUGCCUGUAGGGCGGCCGACAGGCCUGAAGGAGGGAAGGCGCAGCAGGAGGACGUUCGACAGCGGAAGCCGUGCCUCGCAGAACCACGGCCGCUUGUUGCAGGCAGGCAUGAACGAGGCGACGUGGCAGCGGGUGGCGCAGUGGGAGAUGCUGCACCGCGGCGAAUGCGACACGCCAACAGUACUGCGCUUCCAGGCCAAGCCGCACGACCUCAGCCGCCUACCAGCGUGGCGGCCCCCUGACCGCGCCGCUGAUUGCGGCGCAGCCCUGCAGCAACCUUGCCUUGCCUCCGACACGCUGGACUGCAGCCGCUGGGCGCGCGAGGUCAUCCGGCUUGCGGCAACCUGGCCGACCAGGACGCGCCGGCGGCCCGCCCGCACUUGCAACCGCGCCAUUUGGCCGAGGAGCCGCGUGCCGGCAGCGCCACCUGCGUCUGCAGCGGCGGCGGCAGCCCAGAGACUACCGGUCUUGGCGGCUUUCGCGAUCGGGGCUCGUCCCGCGAUGGACAGCGUGGAGGCCGCGCUGGACCGCGUCAAGAUGAACAUCUAUCUACCUCAAGUUCGCGGACUGGGGGCUGCCCUGCCCCAUUACAGGAGUGCCGGGCGCAAUGGCGCAGGCGGCGGCGUUUGGCGGCCAGCAGGCGGCCAGCGGCAGCUCGUGAAAGCGGCGCUGUUGGACUGAGGUGAAAGGGCGUAAGGUGCUGUAGGCUUGUGGUGCCCGUUGCAUCUAGACUCAUGGCGUGGGCAAGACAGAUGUCCCUGUAGAAGUGGUAGAGCGCACGCAGCAGCAGGAGCAGGAGGGAAGAGGGCAGGGUUUGGUGGCGACGGCGUGGCGACGGCCAGGUUGGUGGUGGGCAAGGAGCAAGUUAGCAAGCGGCCGGGGCAGGGCCUGUGGGCAUCAGCAGCAACCGUACGCUGCUGUGACAGCGGCAGCACGCAAACGUGUGUGCGUGUGCUGUGUGUGCAGGUGUAUGUGCGUGAAAGUGUGCAGAUCCGCCGGGUUUAUUCGCACUCGACACUAGUUUAGUAAAGCACGUCGAUAACCGUAUGUAUGUCCACUGCUACAAUGAAGGUUUUUUGUAACCGUCGAAGAGGCCCGAAGUAAGAUCCAGUAGUUAAGCCCCGUUAAGCAGCAGCUUUCGCCAGUGAACGCGCGCAGGCGCCCUACAAAUCUAGUCUGCUUGAUCAUUUCGCGAUAGAUGCACUGGCGAUGGAGUAUGUAAAAGUUUUGGGGGCGCAAAGCGAGCGACUCGUGGCGACAGAAUCAAGUGCACGCGCGCGCAUGGAACAUGGAUGACAUUGCCUUAACAUGACUAUUACGUCUGUAAGAAGCGUUGUGA